AUGGGAAAGAUCUACCAGGUCACAGUGAUUGGAUUCAGGGGGGAGAAAAUGGUAAUCGACGUGGCCAAUACAGAAGAACAAAUGAAAAGUACGACAGUACUGCAACUGAAAAAUAAAAUUUCCGAAAGACUCCCGGGGAACGCAGGUAGAGAGAUAUUCAUUCCACAGUGGAAUCAUUAAUUAUCAAUCAUUAUGAGAGUUUCAUGAAAUGUAAUUCAAUUAACUAAAUUAACUAUUUCAAAUAAUUGUGGAGUAAAUGGUUGAGCAGUGAAUAAGGAAACUGUAUUAGUUGUCAACUGUAUUGACUAAAACCUCUGACCUUUUUAGGGGACAAUCUGGAGACCCUGCGACUGAUCUUCACAAACAAGCAGCUGGAAGACUCAUCCAUGCUCUCCUCAUAUGGGAUCCAGAACCAGUCUGUCAUUCAGCUAGUGAUGAGGGUGCCUGGGGGAUGGCGGCAUUGA